AUGCAUGGUCGAGGCAAACACGGUUAUUUCCCCUCUCCCUCUCGUUUCGCUAUUCACAUCUUCUUUCUUUUCUCGCCACAUUUCUUUUCUUUUGCUUCUCCGGGUGUACCGUCGCAGAUCAAGAAAGAAGCCGUCAUUGUGCACACCUUUUCCCCCAUCCUCAAGCUGACCCACGAACAGAGACCACACACACAGACACGCACACAAGUGAUGGCACAACUAUACGUGAACUACACAAGCCACGUGGAGAACGUUAACACAACUCUUCCCUACAACGCCGCAGAUGCCGAUGUUCGUGCAUCGCUGUCGCGUCUGUACGGCGACGGUUUGUCGCAAGUGGUGAGUUUCAUGGACCCGCAGUUCAUCACCCGACAUCUCCGAACCCUGAGUGCCGUGUGUCCGCAGAUGAGACUGGACACGGAGGCGCUGACAAACAGAGCUGACGUUGGAGAGAACUGUCGUGGUGUCGUGAUACAAGACAACCACCUGAUCUACCGGAUCGCAUCGGUGAAACGCGAUGUAACUCCAGAAAGGCUUGCGGAGUCGCUGUGGUGGGCGGAUCGGUGCGGGCUGCCGCUGACUGUCACCGUCGGCAAUGAGCGCAGAGACGUGCUGGCGUUUCUCACGGAUCGUGUGCGAGACCGAGUGGAGGAGCUGCGCAUUGAAGUCAACACAGAAGCUGCGAGCGUGC